AUGAAGCAUGGCUUUGCGAUAACAGCAGUGCUAUUCAGCGUACUUGCUAAUGCUGUCUUGACCAAAGGGUGGAUUGCUCCAAGUCCUUCCAAAUUCGUUGCCAACCGCAAUUUGCAGUCCAGAUAUGGUUCGUUCAGAGGCAACUCAAUUAUUGUUACUAGACGGUACAUGGCGAACUCCUCCUCCACUAUCGAUGCAGACUUGAAUGCUGAACCGAAGAAUGGAUUCAGAAACCAGCUGCAGGCGAAAAAUGAAUCGUCUACCGCUGUUAACUCUGGCAUCCAAACUGACAUGCCCAGCGUUUUGGACAUCAAUCCAGAAUUGAUUGAUAUUGUAAAAAAAAACUACAGCAGCAAGGAGGACGGCGCUACUGUCUCUUCAUCAGUAUCAGAUAUGUUUCGAACUGCACAUUUUGUUGAUAUGUUUAGGGGCUCAGCCAACUAUAUUGCAAGCCAUCGCAAUACACUCGUGGUCUGUCACAUUCCUGGAGAUUGGAUCGACAAUGAAGACCCAACCAUUUUCCGCAAUCUGAUGAACGAUGUGGCGCUGACAUGGCUUCUUGGAUUGAGGAUUGUGAUUGUUGUCGGCUGCCGCUAUCAAAUUGAACAGCGGAUGAAGAACCGCACAAAGCACAUGAAUAUGGUGGUCACAGACGCUGAAUCAUUAAGGAUAGUCAAGGAAGAAGCAGGAUACGUGCGAUUCGAAGUCGAGCGUCAGCUUGCACGAUCACUUCAAGGUUCAAGGGGCCGAGAAGGGGACGGGAACGUAGUUUCAGGAAAUUUUUAUAGCGCUCAACCAUUUGGAGUCCUGGACGGUGUAGACUAUCAAUACAGUGGUUUCGUUCGUCGAUUUGAGGCCGACAAAAUCCGCCAAGUGCAUCAGAAUCGAGACAUUGUCCUGCUAACCACGCUAGGUGUGAGUCCAACCGGUGAGGUCUUCAAUGUGAAUUCAGAAUAUUUGGCGGCGUAUGCUGGCGGCGCUUUGGGUGCUUCAAAGGUCGUAUAUUUUCUCGAACGAGAUGUGGAACUGCGUCACAAAGUUUAUGGUACGAAAAUUCCUCACCUCCGAGUUCACGACAGUCGAAAUCUCCUGAAACUGCAUGGCAUCGAGACGAAGAAGAAGGGCUUUGUACUUGUCAAUGAUGAGUGCAUUAACAGUGACGAACAGAAGAAUAUGCUUGUGAAGAUUGGUUGGUCUAUGCAUGCGUUGGAAAGUGGAGUAAAGAGAGUUCAUAUCCUUACCCCAGAAAAGGGGGCUCUUCUACAAGAAAUGUACACUCGCGAUGGUGCGGGAACUAUGAUUUCGGGAGACCUAUAUGACGGUAUUAGACAAGCGCGGGUUACUGAUGUUUCUCCAAUCCACGAUUUGAUUUCCCCUUUGAUCAAGAUGGGAACGUUGGUUGAUCGCCCAAAAGCUAUACUGGAGAGAGAUAUUCACCAGUACCAUGUCUACACUCGUGAUGAUUUAGUAGUUGCUACGGGUCAACUCAAAUUGUUCAAAGAAGGGUCUGCCGAGUUGGCUUGUCUUGUUGUAAACCCACUUUAUAGGGCGAAAGGCAGAGGUGAUGCGAUGCUUGGAUACCUUGAAAGACUAUGCCUACAACAGGGUGCAAACAAGGUAUUUGUUCUGAGCACGCAAACGAUGGAAUGGUUCCUCGAAAGGGGAUUUGAUGAAGUGGGCGUUGGGAGUCUUCCACCAAGCCGACAGGCUACAUACAACAAAAGUCGUGCCAGCAAAAUAUAUAUGAAGACAAUUGACAGUGUUAGAGACUUGGACGCAUCUGAACUUCUGUGGAAUCGAUAG